CCAGGCACCAGGCUGAGCUGCAGAGAGAGAGAGAGAGAGCUGCAGCCGGAGCGUUUCUUGUUGCUGCUCUGUGAUGGAGACGCUCUCAGAAGGAAUGACACCUGCGAGGCAACUGGCAGAAAACAGGAAUCUAACCUUUACCCCUGGAACUACAAGCACCACGCCAAAGACAGCCCAGUCAUCAGAACCUAAGCUGUAAGAGGAUGGCAGGAGGAGUGAGGAGCAGCACGAGGAUGGUGGACGGACCAGGGUUUCCUGUCAGGUUGUUGGCGGUGUUCGUGCUGCUGGGGGCUGAUCUGAGCUGGCUCGGCUUGAAGCAGCGGUUUGGGGUCAACGGCCAGAACACUGAGAGACGGGUACUGGCACACAUUCCCGGUGACAUCAUCAUAGGAGCUCUGUUCUCUGUGCACCACCAACCACCUGCAGAUAAGGUCCAUGAGAGGAAGUGUGGAGCGGUGCGGGAGCAGUAUGGGAUCCAGAGAGUCGAGGCCAUGAUGCACACGCUGGAUCGAAUUAAUGCAGACCCCACUAUCCUCCCCAAUAUCACAUUGGGCUGCGAGAUCAGGGACUCGUGCUGGCACUCUGCUGUGGCUCUGGAGCAGAGCAUCGAGUUUAUUCGGGACACUCUGGUGUCCAACAAAGAGGAGGAGAGCCAGGUGAAGUGUGCUGCAGAGGCAGGGAGCUCGCUGCUCCAGGGGAAGAAGCCCAUCGUGGGUCUGAUCGGACCAGGGUCCAGCUCUGUGGCCAUCCAGGUGCAAAAUCUCCUCCAGCUCUUCAACAUCCCACAGAUCGCCUACUCCGCCACCAGCAUGGAUCUGAGUGACAAGAGCCUGUUUAAAUAUUUCAUGAGGGUGGUGCCAUCAGACAUGCAACAAGCCAGAGCUAUGGUCGACAUCGUCAAGAGAUACAACUGGAGCUACGUGUCCGCAAUACACACAGAGGGUAACUAUGGGGAGAGCGGUAUGGAGGCAUUUAAAGACAUGGCAGCUAAGGAAGGCAUCUGCAUCGCCCACUCUGACAAGAUUUACAGCAACGCAGGGGAACGGAGCUUCGAUAAGCUGCUGCAGAAACUACGAGCCCAUCUGCCCAAAGCCAGGGUGGUCGCCUGCUUCUGCGAGGGCAUGACAGUCCGAGGGAUACUUAUGGCCAUGAGGCGACAACGUCUGGUGGGAGAGUUUCUGCUGGUUGGAAGCGAUGGCUGGGCCGACAGGUACGACGUCACAGAUGGAUACCAGAGGGAGGCCGCUGGCGGCAUCACCAUUAAGCUAAAGUCUGCGUAUGUAAGGUGGUUUGAUGAUUAUUACCUGAACCUGAAGCCGGACGCCAACCAGAGGAACCCCUGGUUCCCUGAGUUCUGGCAGCACCGCUUCCAGUGCAGGCUGAGGGGCCAUCCGCAGGAGAGCACCACCUUCAACCGCACCUGCACCUGGAGAGAGUCUCUGCGUCAUCAGUAUGCCCAAGACACCAAGAUGGGCUUUGUCAUUAAUGCCAUUUAUUCCAUGGCGUACGGCCUACAUGCCAUGCAGCAAUCUCUCUGUCCAGGAUAUAAGGGUUUAUGUGAGUCUAUGAGGCCCAUCGAUGGUCGCAAGCUGCUGGAUUUCCUGAUGAAAACCAACUUUACUGGUGUUUCCGGGGAGAUCAUCCUCUUUGACCAGAACGGAGACUCACCAGGCAGGUAUGAAAUCAUGAACUUCAAGCACAUUGGCGAGGAUGAGUAUUCUUACAUCCACGUGGGGAGCUGGGAUCAAGGCGGCUUAAAGAUGAAUGAUGAGGAAAUCUGGAGCAACAACAGCGAGUUCAUCCAGUCAGUCUGCUCGGAGCCCUGCCAGAAGGCACAGAUCAAGGUGAUCCGUAAAGGAGAGGUGAGCUGCUGCUGGACCUGCACUCCCUGCAAGGAGAACGAGUUUGUGUUUGAUGAGUACACUUGUCGUGCCUGUGUCCUGGGCUCCUGGCCGACAGACGACCUCACUGGUUGUGAGCCGAUCCAGGUGCAGUACGUGCUUUGGGGGGAUCCAGAGCCCAUCGCUGCCGUGGUCUUCUCCUGUCUGGGCCUCAUGGCUACACUUUUUGUUACCUCAGUAUUUAUCAAAUUUUGGGACACUCCCGUGGUCAAGUCGUCCAGUCGUGAGCUCUGCUACAUCAUCCUGGCUGGAAUAUGUCUGGGCUACCUGUGCACCUUCAGCCUCAUCGCCAAGCCCCACAUCAUCUACUGCUACCUCCAGCGGCUCGGCAUCGGCCUGUCCCCCGCCAUGAGCUACUCCGCCCUGGUCACCAAGACCAACCGUAUAGCACGGAUCCUGGCAGGCAGCAAGAAGAAGAUCUGCACCAAGAAACCUCGCUUCAUGUCCGCCUGCGCACAGUUGGUCAUCGCCUUCCUACUCAUACUGCUUCAGCUGGGGAUUAUUGUGGCUCUUCUCAUCAUAGAGCCACCACAGGUGAUCUAUGACUACCCCAGUAUCCGAGAGGUGCACCUGAUCUGUAACCUGACCACUCUGGGGGUGGUGGGGCCGCUCGGCUACAAUGGUCUGCUCAUCCUCAGCUGCACCUUCUAUGCCUUCAAGACUCGUAAUGUGCCGGCUAAUUUUAACGAGGCCAAGUAUAUUGCCUUCACCAUGUACACCACCUGCAUCAUCUGGCUGGCCUUUGUUCCUAUUUACUUUGGCUCCAACUACAAGAUCAUCACCAUGUGCUUCAGCGUCAGCCUCAGCGCCACAGUGGCUCUCUGCUGCAUGUUUGUCCCAAAGGUUUACAUCAUGCUCGCCAAGCCCGAGAAAAACGUCCGCAGUGCUUUCACCACGUCCACAGUGGUGCGCAUGCACGUAGGUGACGCCAAAAAAGCUGCCAAGACCAGCAAGUCCUCCAGCAGCAUGGCCAACUUGUUUCGACGUCGUGGCUCUGCACAGGACGACGUCAGUGCCAAUGGGAAAUCGGUGACUUGGACAAAGAGUGAGCGCAGCUACCGACCGAACCUGUGGAAGAGGAUGUCGUUCCACGUCAAGAAGAAAGACCCAGUCGAGGCGAACCAGACAGCCAUCAUCAAGCCUUUCUCUAAGGGAGGAGAUAUUCCGGUGCACGCCAACGUCAAAGAGCAGUAUGAGGAGCCACAGGUGUCUCCGCCCUUCAGCUGCUCGCCCUCCCGGUCACCUCUGCUCAACGUCAGCCAGCACGCAGCCAAGGCGAGGGGUCUCCAGGGGGGAGAGGAGCCACAGGCUUUACCCACGUACGUACCCGAGCACGCUGCCGGGGUCAGAAGAAGAGGUGGGGACGGCAGCCAAGGUAUGCUGGACGCUGGGGAUAUCAGCAUCAUACCUAUGGGCAUGGGUGACAUCGGCACGGGGAUUCUUGGCGGUCAAGCUCAGGGCGCCACCAUCAUGGACCAAAUCAGCUGCGUGGUCAACCGUUUCACUGCCAACAUCAGUGAGCUCAACACCAUGAUGCUGCCGGGGGGAGCCGGCGUCCCUCCUGAUUCCACCGCCGCAGAAGCAGAUGCCGCCCCUGGCCCUCCGCAGUACCUGGCGUCCAGGAGCAGGCAGGGCCCCUCCACCGUCACCACGUACGCGGAGGUGGCGGCUGUUUCCACUUUCUGCGAGAACCGACCAGCAGGUAAGAUCUACGAGCACCUGGCUGGGACUUGUGUGAGCAGCAGACGAGCGAAGGACAUGGAGGAGCUGGUGGCUCUGACGCCUCCCUCCCCGUUCAGAGACUCAUCUCUGAGCUCCGACGGCAGCUCCGACCCGUCGCUGUCCCCGGCCUCCGAGGCGGAAUACGACCAGCUGCUGCUCAGACACUUCAGCCAGAGCUCCUCCUCCCUCUAAACCUGCUCGUCCUCCUCUGUUCCCUCAUUUACCUCCAACUGGACGAUUUCUAUCUCCAGGGGUCAACAACAGAAUGGACCAAACUCUUUCUACAUUUGAAUAUUCUGAAUGUUUAAAUAGUUAUUUUUUAAGAAAAGUACCUGAGCAGUGUCAGUGUUUCAUCUUACAUCUUCAAGUGAGCAAAAAAAACAAAAACUUGAUGAUCCGGAGCAAAACAAUUGGGCAUUUCACAGACUCAUGUUUCUAACUCUGUUUUAAACUUUUCAAAUUCCAAAGAAAAUACAGAUUCUUUAUAAAACCAUGAUCAAUAAUAGGUGAAGGAAAUUUACCAAAUCUUUAUGUUCAGCGUUUCUUUGACUUAUUCUAGGAAAGUGCAGGUCUUACAAGGACAAGGGUAGUUGUAUUAGAUUUGUAUAUUUUGCAUUAUCUAUUCUCACGAACAAAGAUUGUUUUUACUCUUUGUAUUAUUGCUGUAUACUUUCCUCAUAUGUAAUGUUUUUACUUCUGAUAAUUUGUUACAUUUUGAGACAUGCAGGAGAAAACUGCUUGAAUAACGUUUCCUGGAAGGUCAAGGCAUUUUCCCUGCAACAUUAAUUUGUUGUCAAUCCUGGAAGACGAACUCAGCAUCAUUUGUAUGAAGCUACUGAGACUGAUCUGUCUCAAUGGACGCUACAUCGUCUGACCCGUGAACUGCCUGGACGUCUUCUUUAAUUCUCUUCUCUGCAUAUGACUUAGUUGAAUGUAAGAUAACGUGUCCUCGUACGAAAUGGACCAAAAUGAUCUUCCACCUCAGGAUGUGUCGGCCGCCGGCUCGACAUGUUUCUAGUUUGCAUGAUGUCAGGAUAUGAGUUAUAUUUGUAAUCAAUUACUUUUUAAUAUUAUUCAAUUAAGAUGAAUAGAUACAGUAGAAAGAGGUGAAGAUGCUCUAAGUGAUAUUAAUGUGUCUCAGGAGAGAGGUGAAGUGGAUGUUUGCCAGAUUUUUCUAAUGUUUCCAUUCUGGCUUUUUAUUUGUUCUGGUUCGUCAGCACUGAACGACUUUGUGUUUUUAAUCACACAGUGAAAAAUGAAAAUUGUUUACUACUAAACUAAAUGAAGUUUGUGUUAAUAUAAAGUAAUUUGAACAAACUUAAGUAAUUUAUGUGUUAUGGAGUGAUUUUUAUAUUUGCUCCAACAAUUUUCAUAUUUCAGUGUACGGGGUUGUUAUUUUUUAUAUAAUAUUUAAUGACAUUUCUUAUGCCUGACCAUUAUUAUUUCUUUUUUAAGUAUAUCUUGCAUCCACAGUUUGGCCUCUCUGACGAUGUGCAUUAUUGAUAGUAUUGAUGGGAGCUAGAUUAUGUAUUUUGAACUGUACAGUGUUUUUUUACUGGUUUUCAAUGUAGAAAUCAU